AUGGGCCGCUUCGGCUCUCUUCUUCGGGGCUGCGGCUGCCUCGAGCCCGGGGAGAAGCGCGCGGCCGCUCCCGCGUGCUCCACUGGAAACAUGCCAGGUGGCAGGGACGCGCGCGAGCAGAGGAGCGCGGAGCUGGCCGCAGCCGGAGCCGCGGACACGCCGGCCGAGAGCGACCUCCCAGAGGGUGCGGAGAAGCUCGACAGCGCGCUUACGUUUGUGGAGGACCGGCAGGCAACCCGGCAGUGCGACUCAGAAUACAUGGGCGAAUACGGCGUGACGGUCCGGCAGUUUCCGUCACCGGACAGCAAGAGGAAGGAGUCGCUCAAACAGGUGGCGCGCGCGGAAGAGCCGGCGGAAGAAGCGCACUUUGCGGGUGUCCGUAUCUUGUAG